AUGCAGCUCUCGCAAAGUCGGGCGCUCUACAACAGCCUCAAGGAUGACGAUGCCCAGCCUGUUGUUGCGGAUGAGCAUAUCCAGAACCUUGCGGCCCUAUUUGUCCGCCACCACGCUGAGAAGAUUUUCGGCAUUCACCUCAUUCACGGCCACUUCCAAAUCCCGGAAGGUACCGUCAUGGUCGGAACCAACUUCCAGAACCCCGACAUGCGCUGGGCCAAAAUCACAGACUUCAACAAGCUCGAAGGCGGCUUCCGUGCCUACCAGUUUCAGGACGGGCCUCUGCCUGACCUCACCAACGUCGAGCAGGACUUCCUUGUGGAGUUCUCUCGUUACAUUACGGCCAAAAACCUUGUCGGGCUCAUUGGUCUUCAAGUCCUCGGAAAUGGAGCCGGCAACAAUUACGGCAUGUCCGAGCUCAUUCUGGACCAAGGGACCAUCAUGCUGGACACUUCUUUCGUCAAGAACUGUCAGCCGACCCGUAUUACUGGCUGGACGUUCGAGUCGUUCGAUGGCAGUCCCCGCGUUUGCCAGAGCAACGAAACACAUUCAAAAAUGACAAGUGGGAAUCACAAGGUUUUCAAUGCAGGCAAGCCUCUGCCCAAGCUGUAG